UCUAAAGCGAAGCUUCUUCAGGAGCAGCGGCAUAAGUUUAAAAUUAAGAUUAUUGGUUUUUUUGUGAACUUCAAAAAUCAUCCUGGAGUCAACGCUAAAGAGAUCGUCACUUGUUAGUGACAUCAUGCUGCAGUUUUUUAUUGUGCCUGUAACCAAAACGAAAUCAGCAGAUUCGGCUCCUACAAGUCGGGAAGAUGGCGAUGAGAAGCAAAAACGAAACAGAAAAACCCUGGCUCAAGACAUGAAAAUGCGAUUAAGUUUCCUUCGCAGGAGGCAUACUGACAGCUCACUACAACCUUCAGUGCGACCUUCUCCAGAAGAAGCUCUCAAAUGGGCGGAGUCUUUUCAGGAACUGACCAAUAGUAAAUAUGGGCUAACGUUAUUCCGUGCAUUUCUAUCAAGGGAGUUUAGUGAAGAAAAUAUAGAAUUCUGGUUGGCCUGUGAAGAUUACAAGCGCUCCAGGGCUAGCAAACUGUCCGCAAAAGCUCGCAAGAUAUACGACGACUUUGUAGCUGUACAAGCUCCUAAAGAGGUAAAUCUAGAUUCAUCAAUGCGAUCUUCAAUUUACAACCACUUACAGAACCCUGACAGACAUGCUUUCGACUCUGCUCAAAGGAGGAUUCAAGGACUAAUGGAACAAGACGCAUACGUCAGAUUCUUGCAAUCCGACCUUUAUACAGAUCUUGCGCAUGGAAAUACUCCAAACACUUCCAGUUGAGGUCCUCUCAGCAGACAUUAUAAAUAAAUCCAUACAUACUGAAGCAUUCCCCAUCGCAAGAGACUAUUUUAUGAAAAGUAGUAAAAUAUAUUAUUGUGUACAUAAACUCAUCUUUCUAAGCGGGUCUCAGUGGUAUGUCACAUGAAUUAAUAGUGGGAGAUUUAAGUUUUAUGCGCAUUUUAUGUAGCAAUAAUAAUAUUACAUUGUAAUGCACUCGCAGAAUUUUCUGAGCAAUACAUCUAAUUAAUGUGUGUACAUGUAUUAUUAUUUAUGUUUCAUUUUUUUCGAGCAUGUUGUAUUUGAAAAAAAAAAGGAUCGAUGUCCAUAUCCAAAUUGUAAUUAUUUGUAGUUGGUAUCGAGAAAUGAAAAGUAGUCUCAAAUGCUUUUGUAAUAUUGACGCAAAUCUUUGAGGUAAAACCGCUUAACAGUCAAAGUUAUUUUACUGAAGACGCUAACAGCGCAAUUUCAUGGAAAAAAAUGCUAUUAGUUUUUCUUACUGAGAUGUAGUACAACUUUUACAUGCUAAGCAUUAGCACCUAUAGCAUUUGUUUUAGAAAUAAACUAAAUAACUCAUUUUAAAAUUCUGAUUCGAUUUCUUUUCAACUUAAUUAAAAUUAAGUUUUAAUCAUUUUCGUCGAACGGAAAUUUUGAUUAAACUCAUGAUCCGAUUUCAUGCCAUCCGACAUUAAAAGUUUCAUGGCAUUAAUGUAAGAAAUUUAGUAACCUAGUUCGUAAAAAGUCGUCUGUAUCAC